GCCUGAGGCGCCCAGGUGAAGGGUGACGUCACGCGCUAUGGUGGACCGCGAUGGAGGAGACGCGGCGGCGAAGGAGGCCGGUGAGGGACAAACGGAAUCCGCUCUCUCCGUUGUGUCGGGGGAGUCCAAAUUCCACCCAGAAUGCUUUGCUUGCCAGAGCUGCAAGGUCAUAAUCGAGGAUGGCGACCCUCAUGCCUUUGUCCAACGUUCGGCCCUCUAUUGUGCGAAGUGCCUGAGCCUCUUUUCCACCUCAGAGGUCAACCAGGGAUCAAAGGGCAUUGCCGUGGAGACAGGGGGAGGAGGCACCUGUGCCACGGAGAAGCCUAUGAGCUAUUCGGGGCAGAGCCUGGAGCGGCUGGAGGAGCUGCGAUUGGAAGAGGAGGUGGAAGGGGGCAGGGCCUCCCCCCAAAGGCGCUCCCUCCGACGGAGUAACAGCACAUCGCGCUCGCCAGCCCCGGGUUCCCCAAAGGAGGCCCACCCGGUUUGGGGACGGGACUUGUGGCGCUCAGAGUCCCUUCGCUCUGACCCUUCCUCCCCGCAGAUCUUCCGCCCCUCCGACCUGCUCCACGGAGAGGUCCUGGGAAAGGGCUUCUUUGGCCGGGCCCUCAAGGUGACACACAAAGCAACAGGAAAAGUGAUGGUGAUGAAGGAACUGAUUCGCUGCAACGAAGAGACCCAGAAGACUUUCCUCACUGAGGUGAAACUCAUGCGCAGCCUGGGCCACCCGAACGUGCUGCGCUUCCUGGGGGUCCUUUACAAAGACAGGAAGCUCAACCUCCUGACUGAGUAUAUCGAGGGCGGGACCUUGAAGGACUUCCUGCGCAGUGCGGACCCCUUUCCUUGGGAGAAGAAGGUCAGCUUCUCCAAGGACAUCGCCUCCGGGAUGGCCUACCUGCAUUCGAUGUCCAUCAUCCACCGCGACUUGAACUCACAUAACUGUCUCAUUAAGCGGGACUCCCAGGUGGUGGUGGCGGACUUUGGCCUCUCGCGGCUGAUUGCAAAGGAGGAUGUGGAGGGGGCAGAGCCAGCGGGAGCGGCGCUUGGUUGGCCCCUCUCACAACCAGGCCGGAGGCGAAGCCUGAGGAAGAGCGGCCGCAGGAAGCGCUACACCGUGGUGGGGAACCCCUUCUGGAUGGCCCCCGAGAUGCUUAACGGACAGAGCUACGAUGAGAAGGUGGACAUCUUCUCCUUUGGGAUCGUCCUUUGCGAGAUCAUCGGCCAGGUGUAUGCAGACCCAGACGUCCUCCCGCGGCAGCUGGACUUUGGCCUCAACGUGGUCCUCUUCUGGGAGAAGUUCGUUCCCAGCGACUGCCCACCCGCCUUCUUCCCACUGGCCGUCCACUCCUGCUGCCUCCAGCCCGAGGGCCGGCCACCCUUUUCAAAGCUGGAGGAUUCCUUGGAGGCGCUGGCCCUUUAUCUGGGAGAACUGGGAAUCCCGCUUCCCUCCGAACUGGAAGAACUGGACCACACCGUUACUGCCCAGUUUGGACUCGUCCGCCGACAGUCACCUGAUGCCUAGAAUGUUCUGGAAAAAUGGCAUAAUUCAACACUUCCAGAAGCUUCCAGAAAAAUGAGAAUAUUGCAAACGACGCCAUUCCUUUGAUUGUUUUCAGCUUCUUUUGGAUUCCUGGAUACCGCAACAAGAAAUCAGCCAUGCUUCCGGGAAAACCGAGAAUAUUGCAAGUGACUUUCUUUCUCUUGGUUGUUUUCAGCUUCUUGUGGAUUACUGGGCGCCAUGGCCAAUUAGUAAGGGGGACGGCCAUCUUAGAAAAGGGCAGCCCUCUUUUUUUUUUUGCUUUUCCAGAACCACCUCUACAACUCCACCAAAGACACACUACUACUCCUACAAAUGGACCAAAUGGGUUUAUCAACACUAAGUUCGAAUAUAAUUAGUUCGAAUAUUCCGGGAGGGAUAUAUAUAUAUAUAUAUAUUGUCUUUUAAUUUAUGACUCGAAAAGGCGGCCAUAUUGUCAGGUCUUUCUCUACCUCUUUCUCUCUUUCGGAUUCCGGUAACUGGGUCCACUUCCUGUUACAGAACAAUAGAUUUUUCAGAGGGGAUUUUUUAUUACCUUAAUGCUCUUUUUAAAGGGACAAUUAAUCUGCUGUUAACUGAAAUUAUGUAUAUUUUUCACCAUAAAACUGGAAUAAAUAAAGCAAUAAAUCGAUUUCUAAUUUUCAAA